UUGUCUGAUUGUUUUGCUGUUUAAAACCCUGAGCAGCUCUAAGCCAGGCUGUGAGGUAGAGACAAAGAUGAUUUUCUUCCUACUGAUGCUUUGGCAGGGACCAGCGCUCGCCCCUGCAGUCAGCUCCCAGCCAGCUUCAAUAACUCCAACCCACAUCCACCAGGACGAGAAAAUGAGCAGCCUUUGCUCACCAGAAGUUGUAACUUUACAGAAAUUCUGAGGCUGCCCUGAUGAUUUCCAUUCCUCUCACCCCCAAAAUGCCUGUUGAUGGUGAUUUUUGAUUUUCCCUUAUUUAAGUAAGCUGGGAAUGAAGAGAUUGAAAGAUCUUGCACGUGGAAUCAGUCUUCUGAUUCACGUUCAGUAACCCGCAGCCCCGUUGCUGUUUCCUCCCGUUGGUAUUUGGGGACAUUCCCUGGUGCGGGAAGCGGGGCUGGGAUCCCAGCUUGGGGGUGGUGGUGGUUUUUCAUGCAAAAUGACACAUUUAUCUCCCCUCCCCAUGGCGAUGGGUCCCCCACCACUGGGCCCUGGCCAGCCCCUUGGCUGGAGCCACUUACUUUUAGGGACAGGCUGUACCCCACACCUAUGCCCCACACUACAGGCCCCUGAGCGUUGGGGCUCACCCCACGGCUGGGCGCCCAUUGAAACCCAGGGCUGGGCCACCCUCACCCCACCCUGCCCUCACCCCACUGCUGGGCCACAAGCACCCCAUGGUUGGGCGCCCAGCGCCCUGCAGCUGGGUCACUCUUGCCUCACGGCUGCCUUCACCCCACUCUGCUCUCACUCCCCAUGCUGCCUGCACCCCACAGCUGCCGGCACCCCCUCCCUGCCGGGACCCCCGACGGGACGGCCGCUGCCGGUGCCCCGCUGCUCCGCGCGGUCCCUGCGCCCGCCCGCCCCGUUCCACCAGCGCCCCCCUUCCCCGCCAAGCUGCGGUCUCCGCCACCGCCGCCCCCGGGGCUCCCCGCUGGGCUGGGGGGGGACGCGGCUUCCCCCGCGCACCGGCGGGUUGGGCUGUACCUGGAAAACCGAGCGCUGGGCGGGGAACGUCCUGUGCCCGCUCGGUGAAAGCUCAGCACGGGGCGGGGAAACAAAGAACCUUCGAAAUCCGGCUCCCGGUGACAGCCCCAGCUCUCGGAGGCACCGAGCCCAGCCGGGCGGGUGAGCGGCUCCGGAACAGACACAACCCUCCUUUAUAACCCCUCCCCGCUAAUUACAGGGAGUAAUUAGUGCUGCUUUGACUCGCCGCAGGGAGAGUCCUGGUGGGUCUGGGGGUGAUUCUUCAUCUCCGCGCACUUGCGGCUGGAACACGCUCGGCAUCACCCGCCUGCGCUGCCGGGAGCAGGUUUGGGCCGUGGGGAGCCCCGCGUGGGACCCCGAAACCAGCCCGGGAACAACAACCGACAGCACAGCUCCCGAAGGUGUCCUUCCUGGAGACAUCCCGACCCGAUCCAAGCAUCCCUAUCUCCCUGCUCCCCGGCAGCUCCGUGUCCUGCUGGUUAACCACUUCAUUCCCCAUCUAUCCAUACGGAAGCUCCACUGAGUCUGCCGCGGGGCACCUUUGCUCUUAAAAGGUCCCACGUCUUGCGUGGAGGAGCAGUGCUGGCAGCAGGAGAUCCCCAUGGCUCACAGCCGGCUGCCCAACGACUCCUGGCAGAACAGCUCAGCCCCUCUCUUCACCGGCCUGGACCUCCUCCUGGAGCUGAAGCCGCUCUUCAUCCCGCUCUACGCCACGCUGGUGGUGGUGGCGUGCACAGGGAACCUCUUCCUCAUCCUCCUCAUUGCCCUCACCAAGAAGCUGCACUGCACCACCAAUUUCCUCAUCGGGAACCUGGCGGUGGCCGACUUCAUCAUGUGCCUGGCCUGCGUCCCCCUCACUGUCUCCUACGCCUUUGAGGCGCGGGGCUGGCUCUUUGGGAUGUUCAUGUGCUACUUCGUCACCCUGAUGCAGGCUGCCACCGUCUUCGUGUCGGUGCUGUCCCUCACGGCCAUCGCCAUCGACCGGUACGUGGUGGUGGCGUACCCCAUCCGCAGGAGGAUCAGCCGCAGGUCCUGUGUCUGCCUCGUGGCCUGCAUCUGGUUACUCUCCAUCGUGGCCUCCAUUCCCACCUCGCUGCACACCCACUACUUGGAUCUCAACACCAUUGGCCAUGACAUGAUCAUCUGUGAAGAGUUCUGGAAGCACGAAGAGAGAGCGCGGCUGCUGUAUUCGUGUUUGAUGCUCCUCCUGUCCUACGUGCUCCCACUCUUGGCGGUAUCAGUCUCCUUCUGUGCCAUCACCUACCACUUACGAAGGAGGAACGUCCCGGGCGCUGCCUACCCCUGCCAGGACAAAUGGACCAAAACAAAGCAGAAGACCUUCCGGGUGCUCACCAUCUCCGUGGUGUGCUUUGCUGUCUGCUGGCUGCCCCUCCAAGUGGUGAACUUCAUCAGAGACAUCGACGAGGAGUUCACCAUCCUGGACAAGAGGUACGUCAACGUCAUCCAGGUCUCCUGCCACCUGAUUGCCAUGAGCUCUGCCUGCUACAACCCUUUUAUCUACGCCUCCCUCCACGACAAGUUCUGGUUCCACCUCAGCAGCUACUUCUACCGCAAGAAGAAGAGCUCCAGCAUGAUGUCCUGCAAGGCUUCUCGGUUCAAUACCUGCUCCACACUGGCAGAUGCUCCUACUGGGGUGUCGGAUAAGAUCGCUUUGCAAACCAGACUAUCUUAACUGAAGACCCUCAGGAGCUCAGUUUUGCUUUUGGACCUGUGUACACUGUGCUUUUGACUGGACAUACGAGCAGGCUGCUGGUUGUGGUGGCAUGUUGCUGCUCCCAGAAGAGAUCUCUUGUGCCGGGCAAGGGCACAAGGGAAGGCAUCAUAGACUUUGUGGUGGAGCUGCAAUUAGGAGCAGCUCAAGGAUGUUUUGUUGUUUGGGAACACAUAUCGGUGCAGCAGCAAACACCCCAACCAGGCAAAGGCAGAGUAAUUCCAGAGCAAUUCGGAGCAGGAUGUACCUGCCAGCCCAUGGAGACAUGCUGGGGCAGCAGAAGCUGUUUUCACCUGACCCAGACAGCAGGAAAGACCCGAGUGUCAAUGAAACAGCAGUUGCUUGGUUCAUUGCAGCAGAACAAUGGGAUAAGCAAGUUUCCUAUGUGGCUUUUACAGCCCUUUUCCCAUCUCCUGGCUUGGGAUGGGGCACAAACCCUUGAUCUCAGCCGUGUCUGGGAUGGGGGACACACCCUGGAUCCCAGCUCCUGGCCGGAUGGGGCACAUGCUCUGGAUCCCAGGUCCUGGCUGGGAUGGGGCACACACCCUGGAUCCCAGCUCCUGGUUGGGAUGGGGCACUCACCCUGGAUCCCAGCUCCUGGUUGGGAUGUGGCACUCACCCUGGAUCCCAGCUCCUGGUUGGGAUGGGGCACUCACCCUGGAUCCCAGCUCUUGGAUGGGGCUGGGGCACAUAACCUGGAUCCCAGCUCAUGGCCGGGUACCACAUGCAGCCAGCACUGUAUCUGCAGCACAAAGACUUCUCCCUGUGGUUUUUAUUUGGAGGUGGGUCAGGUUCCGAGCGAGGCAAACACACAUGGGGUGCAUUUAAACACACUUUGGAGCACGUCCGUCUUCAUUCUGUGGGAUGAAGGUUGUUCCUAAGCAACGGGCAGCACUUUCUGCCUCUGGAAGAACACCGUCUCUCCUGGUAGCUGUUAAAUUGCUGCAUUUCUCCUUUGAAAUUGCAGCCUGUGGUGCAAGGACAAUGGACACUCAGAAAUGUGUGUUCUCCACCCGGAGCCGUGUGGGAGCAGUGCCUUGUUCUGCACGGGGACAGCUUUCAUAACAUGCUUGACCUCCUGAAGGGACCUCUGUGACCAGGUCCCCGCUCCUCCAGCCGCUACCGUGCAGCCAAAGUGGAUUUGUCACUGCUCUUCACAGCUGAGUAGGACUUAAAGGGAUGGGGCACCAGAAAGUGAUGGGUUUGCUGGAGAAGAUGCCUCAAUCUCCGCUCUCUAGGUAGUUUAAGAAUGUGUAUGUCCAUGUUUGAGCUCCUUGGGGGAACAUAGGGAUGCUGGGGAUAAGCUGCUCUAACCCACAGCUGCCCAUAAAGGUGGGUUUGCUUGUUGGAUGCUGCUUGGUGUCUCUAGGUACCUGGUGUAUCUGUGGCCCAUCAGCCAGGUCCAUGCAAGCAGCACGCUGAGAAGGCAGAGCCUCCAUGCAUCCAGAUGCCCAGGUUGGUGUUAACCUCUUGAUUUCCUGGGAGGAAGCCUUUGGGAACAACCCACAGGCACCAGCAUCACCACAAGCACCAAAUCGCAGGGUCACAACAGCUUCUGGCCACCCAAGGCCAUGCCUUUGCUUCACCAUCUGCUGCUGUGCUCUGUGGGGAUGAGCCAUGCCUCUCCUACUGCUCCUCCAGCCUGGGGUCAGGACUUUAAAGCCCCAAAGCAGUUUGUCCUCACUGUUGCAUGAAAGCUGUCCAUGGCAUUGGCCAUCACUUGUGCUUUCAGGGAUCAGCUUCGCAUCUUCCAGUGCUGGACCCUAACAGGAUCCCUAAUCUGCUCUUGUUAUGCCCAGGCAGGAGCUGCUGCCCAAUCGCCUUCCUGCUGAGACCUUACCAUGGUCCUGGCAGGACCAUAUUAUCUUCUGUGGUGCAACCAGCAGAGAUGGGGACCCCUCAAAUGCAAAGUGACUGGAUGCUUGUGUCCUUGGAGGUACCUGCGGAGCAGGGAACUGCUUCUUGCAGCUCUCUGCCUGCACACUGCUCGGGGUUGUGCUUGGGGUGAAGGCUGCAUUGCCUGACCUGGAGGUUCACUGCUUGUCCUUCCUUCUAAUAAAAGCUUAAAAAGCUCAGG